UUUAGCAAAUUGCAAGGAGAGAAGAGGAAUCAAUAAAAGUUAUCAAUUUGGAUAACGGAGGUGAAGAAAUGUCAAGCCACGACUCGCUGCUUUUAUUUGCUGAAGACAAUUUCAAGCUGAAAAAUCUCAAAUUUAGAAGAUUCUUAGUUGCUACGGGGAAUGGACUUCGCUUAAGCAAUUUCUGGACAACUUCUAAGGAGAAAUGUUUUAAAGUCAGAUUGUAUUACUUAAGAAACUACGAAGAUGGUGAAACACGUUUUGUGACAUUACAACACAUUCACACAGGAAAAUAUAUAAAAUCCUCUCAAAAUGCUUUCGCGUUAGAGAGUUCGCCAAAUUUGCAUUUAAGCGAUUUGCGUUAUGAUAGUCCAUUUUUGUUCAUUGUAAAAAGAUGGAAUUUGGAUACAAACUAUGAAUACCUACAACCAGUCAAUUUCAAUGAUGACAAUCACCAAGCAUUUGGUUUUGAGCGAAGAAAACAUCCCCCCACUUUGUUAUAUUGCGAUGACCACGGAUGUAUGUUCCGCUUUUAUAAGAAAUAGUAGGGUUUGUUAAUCAAAGUAAAUUUAUUCAUAAAACUUUGACGUAUGAUUAGUAAUAAUAGCUUUCUAAUUUACUUUGUAAAACCUAACUGAAUGUAAAUGAUGAUAGUUUCAGGCCCCGUUUACACUAUACCGAAAUACUCUCGUAGCAGAUAAAUUUUUCUUUGUAUUAAAAGGCAGUAAAUUGUUCAACGUCAGAAACACAACCAAAUAGACUAAAUAUAUCAACUUAAUAAGCUUUUACUCCGAACAAUUACUCCUUUUAAAGCAAAUGAAGAUGAUGUGAUGUGCGAACCCGGUAUAAUGAAACGCAGCCAUAGAUUAUACUUAAUUUCUUUAACAAUGUUAGUAUUAUAGUCCAAACUCUGUCAUAGUCCAAACUUUGUCGUAGUCCAAACUCUGUCGUAGUCCAAACUGUGUCAUAGUCCAAACUCUGUCGUAGUCCAAACUCUGUCGUAGUCCAAACUUUGUCAUAGUCCAAACUUUGUCAUAGUCCAAACUUUGUCGUAGUCCAAACUGUGUCGUAGUCCAAACUGUGUCGUAGUCCAAACUUUGUCAUAGUCCAAACUUUGUCGUAGUCCAAACUCUGUCAUAGUCCAAACUCUGUCAUAGUCCAAACUCUGUCAUAGUCCAAACUCUGUCAUAGUCCAAACUUUGUCAUAGUCCAAACUCUGUCAUAGUCCAAACUCUGUCAUAGUCCAAACUCUGUCAUAGUCCAAACUUUGUCAUAGUCCAAACUUUGUCAUAGUCCAAACUCUGUCAUAGUCCAAACUCUGUCGUAGUCCAAACUCUGUCGCCACGUCCACGAAAGUGACUACAUUAAUUGAGCUCUACAAAAAAAGGGGAGAUUUAUAAAUUUGACGAAAUUGGCAAAAUUGAAAGAACCAAGUUUGGUAUUUGAAGAAAUAAACAAAAAAUUCAUUUGUGACAAGUUUGUGACAUUUUUUUAACCAAACCAUGGCUACGAUUGUAUCCAAUAAUGAACAAAACACGUCAAUUACGUCAAUGCACUAAAGAAUACUCGUGUAAAAUAGUUUUUCAUCUUAUUCUCACGUUCGGGGAAUGAUUAAUGAUGAUGUUUUACUAAAGCAGAUGAGCUCGUUGCAACAUGUUACUAAUUUUAAAAAAACUUGAUAAGCACUUAACCAGAUGAGUCUGAAACAAUAAUUACUUUCAUACAAAAUAACGUGAUGAGAAUUUAAAUAAAAGUUUUUAUCAUACGGUAUCACGUUAUGAUCAAUUAAGGGACUGCAAAGUGUUUUUGGAUUGCUGGGGUAAAGAAUUGAAAAUAUCUCUGAUGAUAUUGAUUUGCUUGAAAAUACCAGAGAAGACCACAAAACCGAAACUCUGCACCGAAACUCUGCUCGAAACUCUGCUCGAGGUUGUCCUUCAUUUUUAACAUGACAAUAUGCAAGACAAAAGCAGAAAAUAUCGUUGCUUACUCCAGUUGAGCUUUUUUUCAAAAGAACAGCGACAUUACCAAACGGAGAGGAUAGACUCUCGCGAUUGUGUAAGUUGUCGAAAAUUUCCAUCUCUACAAUCUCUAUUCUCGACGAGACGCAAAUGGCAAGUCUAGAUCUGAGAAAGGUACAAGACUUUAGACUUUGAUAAUUAGUUCAUAAUGCGAAACGCAGAGCAAUUUAUUUUGAAUUAGCAAAACGUCAAUGCAAAAUUUAAAUAAGUCUGAACUGUAAAGAACGGCUGACCAGAGUAAAAAUGUUUACACAUCGAACUUAUUUUAUUUUUGUCAAUAGCUUAUAAUUGAUGAUCAUAGCUCGUGUUUUCAAUAGUUAAUUGUCUGAAAAGUUUCUUUUUUCACAAAUAAAAGUUUAGAGUAAAUUAAUUAUAACAUCAUUAUAUAACUACCGCUUAUUGGCAAAAAACACAUGCUGCGAAUCUAAUUUUAAUUGAUUUUGUUGCUAAGAAAUGAUAACAUUGUAUGAAAUAAGCUUUUAGCAUUUCGUUGACACAGGAACUCCCAAUAAAAUAUUAAUGACAAGUCACGCAAAUAGCUCUUUAGGAAAAUAUUUCAGUGUAUAAGACAAAGGCAUUAGCUAUGGUGCAAAAAAGAAGACGAAAAUUAUAGAUGGAAAUCUGCUUUCAAGUACUUGGAAAUUGAGAGAGAAAAAUAGUUAAAAACUGUGAAAAAAGAUUUAUGAUACAAGAUUGUGAUACCACAUUCUUUUGUUGUUCAUUCCGCUUUAAGCAUUCAAAGUAACUUUGUCAUUUAAAGAUGUCUGACAAUCUUUUGGUAUAGUCAAAGCUCCUUGAGAACAUGCAAAGAGACUUUAAAGAUUAAAUUUUAUGCAUAAACGCUUUUUUUCGAGAGAUUUUGUGAAACGAUUCUUGAGCUCGAUAUCUACGCAAAAAAUACAUUUAAGUGGAUUUUAAAAGAAAGUUAAUGGCAACGACCAACUCUCAAACUAUGGAACAGCAUUCCAACACUGUUCAACUGUUUGGAUUAAUUGUUCUCCCGUCCAACAAAUAUGUUGUCGAAAGAAACAUUUUGGUAAACUUGAUUGGUAUAUUGUCAGCCUUAAGUAUAAUAGCCAAUGCAAUUCUUAUAUUUGUCAUCGUUAAAGAUCCAUUUAAACAGUUACGAACAAUAACAGCCAUGCUGUUAACGUUUAAUUCAUCAGCUAACGUCAUUGUGUCUCUGAUGCUUCUAGUUGACAGCAUAUUGCGUUGGAGUAAUCAUAAUGCUGUCGACUUUUUAUCAAAACUGACUAUUGGCCUUGGUUCAUGCAGUUUAUCUUGGUAUGUCUUUGCAAACAUUCUACACACAGUCAACAUUUUUAGUACCACUGUUUUUCCACUUCGUUAUUCAUAUUUAUCUACAAAAGCACUAAAGCUUUUGCCUUGUAUCCUGUUUAUUGAUUUUGUGCUCAUCGCAAGUGUUAUUUUGAUUCCAUUGUAUACUUUACGAAACUCAAAGAUUCCUGAAUAUGUUGAAGGAGUUAUGUCAUUUUUAUGUGCACAACUUAUAUUGUUGGUCAUACUUUUUGUGUGUCUAUAUGCAAAAAUAUUUCAUGCUCUGAUUUCUCGAAAAAGAACUCUCCGAUCAACGUUGAACAUAACAAGAGCGUCAAUACAAGGUGCAAAGAUACUUAAAAGAAACAAUGCUAUUGCGAAGACAUUAUUUAUUCAUGUUACAUUUUUCUUAGUAGUCGCCAUUCCUCAAACAAUAGCUACUUUGAUUUCCUUAUAUUGUACAUCUUGCGGGACACCAGAACAGGUUCAAUUAGCUAUACUUUUCUCGAUACCAUUUUUUUAUCUUUUAUUCAUAUUCCAUCCACUUUUAUGGUUAUAUCGGUUGAAAAGUUAUAAUAAUGCUUUAAAACAAACAUUUAGAGUUUUUGGACGUCGGUGUACAAAAAUAAGAGCUAUUGACGUCCCUCGACGUCAGACUCACAUUUCAAUGUCAACAACACCUGUUAACGAUAGAUUAUAAAUCUUUAAAAAGAAAAGUAAGAAAGAAUCAUUUGUAUUAUUGUAGCUGGCGUGAUAUUAUAUUGUUUUAAAUUGA